GUCGUCUGAAAUUCCCCAACCUCACAGAUUUCUAAAGCUUUGGAAGCACGAAAAUCAGCUGCCAGAGAUGUCAUCGCAGCAGCAGAUUCAGAAAAACGAGAGAAAGAUGAAAUUGCUCUGAAAGCUUUGAAAGAGAUAGAAGUAAUGAGGGAUGCAGUGGCCGCAGAGUCCCAGAAGUUGGACCAGGAAGCAGAGGAGAACUCUAAGCUGAGGGAAUUUUUGAUGGAUCGCGGCCAUGUUGUGGAUGCAUUGCAAGGCGAAAUCGCCAUUGUUUGUGAAGAUAUUCUUUCGCUUAAGCAAAGAGUUGAGGGUCGCAUCCCUCUCACUAAAUCUUUGAUGUCAUCAUCAUCUUUUACCAAGCCGCCUCUGUUGCUUUCUUCUUCAUCGAGCUCUGGAUCCUCUGUGAAGUCAUCUGAACAUGGUAACAGAGAAACACCAUUGUUGUCAAAUCAGGAAGAAGAAAAGGCCACUGUUUUCUUAAGCAAACUAGCAGCCAGGAGCAAUCCUUUAGAUGAUUGGGAGUUUAUGUGAAAAAUGGGAUUCUCUUGAACCAGGCUGAUUAUCACUAUGCUAUUAUACAUUUC